AUGCUCACCACCAACGCAGACUCGACUGGACUUGGAAUGUGUUCGAGAUCCCAUUCGUCGGAUCGUUCCGCGUAUUGGCGAUCAGCCGCAUUCAACUCAGUAUCAGCCGACUCUGACUACACAGCUAGCUCCAUUACCACUGAACCUGAACUCUCCCAAGAGACGCCAGGCAAUGAACGAUUACAUCAGAGUCCUCUCGGAACUCUUGACUAUAACCAAGCUGAUGGGUCGCUUGUCAAGGGAGCUCAGGCAUUGAGGUUGACAUCAGAAGGGCGAUGGAUUCUGCGCAACUUCGCGUACCAUGAUAUCAUCGGUAGUGUCAUGUUGGGAACGAAACCUCUGCUCUGUCCCGACUAUCUCAGGGAUAUAACAUACGAGUUCGACACGUACUUGGGUGUUGCUUCGAAAAUUCUUGUCUACAUAGGUCAAACAACCUGUUUGAGCUUUAGCACGAACGAUGCUGAGGUAGGCAUCCACCCGUCAAGGAAUUACCUCGGCGUCCAGCAUGAUAUUGAAAGCUGGACAUGUCCUGCUGGAACUCCGCCAACACUUCAGGCAGCAGCCUAUGCCUACCGCGGCGCUGCGCUUAUCUAUCUUUACUGA